UUUUUGUUUAUUUUUCAUUUCAGAUGCACCUUUACUCCGUUGUGUUAAAGAUGAAUGUUUGUCGAAAAAGCUUGUAAUGUAAACGCAAGGCCACACAAGAGCAUAAUUGAUUUGUAGAGCCGCGCAACAAGCGGCUUCACAGAGCCAGCCCCUCAUAAGCGUCUGAAAAUGGUCCGGCCUCCUCAGAAAGCUAGUGAAACGGACUGAGAAACGCCCUUAAAGGAGUGAGUGAACGAGCGAGAGAGUGAGUGCAAGAGACAGAGAUAGAAAGAGAGAGAGAGAGAGGGAGAGAGGAAGGGGGGAAGCGGGGGAAACAUCAUCAGAGACAAUUUUGAAUUUGCAAAAGAGAAGGAAAAAAGCAAGAAAGAACGUGGGAAAGAGAAGAAAAGUUGUGCACUUUGUUGGUGAAAAGCCAAAAAAUAACAUCUGGAGCAGUACUGAGCUCGAAACAUUAAACGGGAGACUUUCGCAACUGCUAACUACACUCGCAUAUACAGAGUAACGAAGGAGAAAAAAGGCACAAAGGCGUCAACGUACAUUUGACUUAGAACGCCGAUCAUGAAGGCAGCUGUUGACGUGAAGCCGACGUUAACGAUCAUAAAGACUGAAAAGCUUGAUGACCUUGAAUGUGGAGAUGUGCCCUUGCUUACACCAGGCAGUAAAGAGAUGAUGUUUCAAGCCGUAAAUGCAUCAUUCAGUGACUUUGCAAAAGUACAGCAACGUCUUGGAAUAGCAAAAGAUCCCCGGCAGUGGACAGAGAGCCAUGUGACUGAAUGGCUGACAUGGAUAGUGAAUGAGUUUAGCCUAAAGAAUGUAGAUUUUCACAAAUUUUGCAUGAAUGGUGCCACCCUUUGUGCCUUGGGUAAGGACCGUUUUUUGGAGAUUGCCCCAGACUUCGUUGGAGACAUACUUUGGGACCAUCUAGAAACGCUACUGGAAGAAGUUGCAAAGCAUUAUCCUGUCAAUGGUGUGACCUCUAACUUCCCGGAAUCCCGCUAUACUACAGAUUACUUUAAUAGUUAUGGAAUAGAGCAUCCUCAGUGUGUUCCACCUUCAGAAUACUCGGAGCCUGGUUUCAUCACAGAAUCAUACCAAACGCUUCAUUCAAUCAGCACAGAAGAACUACAAACACUUAAAUUUGAGGAUUAUCCUUCUGUAAUUCUACAUGAUUUACCCCUCAACCCACAACCUGGUGAUUAUUUCCCAGUUAAACAGGAAGUUAUCUCCCCAGACAAUAUGUGUGUGGGGCGGAUCAGUCGAGGUAAAUUAGGUGGACAGGACUCUUUUGAGAGUAUUGACAGCUUUGAAAGUUGUGAUCAUUUGACUCAGUCCUGGAGUAGUCAGUCCUCCGUUAGCAGCCUUCAGCGUGUACCAUCUUAUGACAGUUUUGACUCUGAAGAUUACAUGAACACCCUUCACAACCAUAAGCCUAAGGGCACCUUCAAAGAUUACGUGAGGGAACGCGCUGAGCUGAACAAGGACAAGCCUGUAAUACCAGCUGCAGCACUUGCUGGCUACACAGGCAGUGGACCUAUCCAGCUGUGGCAGUUUCUAUUGGAAUUGCUGACAGACAAGUCAUGCCAGUCUUUCAUCAGUUGGACAGGAGAUGGGUGGGAGUUUAAACUUUCUGAUCCCGAUGAGGUUGCACGAAGAUGGGGAAAGAGGAAGAACAAGCCCAAAAUGAACUAUGAAAAGCUUAGUCGUGGAUUGCGCUAUUAUUAUGACAAGAAUAUAAUUCACAAGACAUCUGGCAAGAGAUAUGUCUACCGCUUUGUGUGUGACUUGAAAAGUUUGCUCGGCUAUACGCCAGAAGAACUGCAUGCCAUGCUGGAUGUAAAGCCUGACGCAGAUGAGUGAAGCCAUGCCAAACAAGGACUGUAAAACUAGGGGGACAGAAGUAUUGGUGGGUGCUUUAGGAUGUUGCAAAACGUGUCUUAUUUUAAAAGUUUGGUAUUUGCUUUGUUUUUUUUUUUUUUGGUUUUUUUUUUUAGCGCUGUUAUUUGUCAUUUGUACUUUGAGCUACACAGGGAGCUUAAAAAGUAGAAACUUUUAGUUUGUAUCUUUAUUGACCUUUGUCAAAGACAAAAAUUACACAGAGCUAGCUAAAAAAACAGAUUUUGAAGACAAUGCAGCUCAAGGCCGAAACAAAUGAUUAAAGCGAUUAUAUUUAAAAAAAAAAAAAAAGCAAGCAAAUACAUUUUGAAAGGUUUUGGGUUUUUAUGAGCACUAGAAACUGACAUGGAAACGAGCCAGAAGAAAGCAAAGGUAGACUGAAGGAAAAUCGAGACGGGGUGAAUAUUUGUACUAUGAAAAGUGUUGCCAAAUAAACUGAAACAUAAAAUAUAUUAUGUAUGUAUUACUGCCAUCUUACUACCUUUCAGAAAGAAAGGUUUGAGUGGCUUUUGUUCUCACCCCCCAUCCAUAAAUCUUUUUUAUAUAAUUGUUAAAAUAGUAAUUAUUAUUAUUUUUUAUUUUUUAUUUUUUUUUUAUAAAGUUAUGUGCCAGUAUUCUUCAUGUGUUUAGCUUGUCUGUAUCAAACUUUUGUGUCUUUUUUAAUUUGAUGUGUAUGGAAUACUCUAUCAGUGCUGUUUUAACUUGCUGGUUAUUUGAUAAUAUAUGUAUAAAACUGGGCUACAGACAUGGGUAAUAUAUUAUUCACUUUGAUAACAAACUAUGUAUCGGCUUUUGUGGACCUGAUUACUCAGCCAGCACAGAAAAACAUAUGUCACCUCAUGAAAUGGAGCUUUUUUUCCCCCCUGGUGUCAGAAGGGUUUUGUAACGGUUUCAGCUGACAGUCUUUCUGCAAUAAUAUGCACAAAUACAAAAUUUUAAAGGCUGCUAAUUGGAAAAAAAAAUCUUAACCAAAAAAAAAUCAUUCUUACCUGAACUAAUUAACUGAAGAAACUUCACAUCAGAUUUCAGGAUUUAGAAUUUAAAGUCAUUGCUUUUUCAUUAAAAGAUACAUACUUUUAAUGUUAGACACAGGAAUGUGAAUGCCAGAUUUUCUGUAUUUAUUCUAAACAGUCACUGCCUUUUUUUUUCUUUUCUAUUAAUGCCGGAGACAUAGUAUAAAGAGAUGUUUAUAAUUUCAUUUCAUAAGUGUACAGUAGUUCCAUUCAGUCUUGCAGUUUUUCAGGGCUAAGUAGCAAAGCAGGGAUAUUCUAUGAGUGUGAAAGGGGUAUGGCUCCAACUUUUGAAGUUGAAUUGUUUUGGGUAUUUUUAGUUUACUUCAGUGUUUGAAUAUUGUUCUUUUAAUUGCCAUACUGAAAAGAGUUACAAUCAGUAAUCAGCAUAUGUUUUUAAUUUAGUGUUGAAGAACUUGAGCUCUGAAGACAGAAGUUUAACACUGCCAAGUUUAAAUAAUGCUACCAUGCCAUUAUGUGAAUAGAAUGUCCCAGAAUGCAGGUGGAAUGUAUCUUAUUAGGAGUUUAUUACUGUUUGCUGGGCAAAUAAAAAUAGGCAAUAAGAGUUAUUUUACUUGGAUUCAUAGUAGCAAAGAGAGUAACUGUGGAUUCCAAUGGAGUGUGUCAUGCCUUAUGUCCGAAGAGGAGUGUCAGAAGUAGAAAGUGGAUGGCCUACUUAACUGAAAAGAGUGCCUUAAACAGGAAAGAAUAUGGAUAGUGUUAGAAGGAUGAGAGUGGUUGCAUUUUAUUUAGCUUCCAGGUUAAUAAGUUAUUUAAAAAAAAAGUCAAUUUUUCGAGCAAAUGAUCAAGUGAAUCUUGCAGGCAAGCAUUUAACCUCAGGGGCUGCAUUGUUACUGCCUCUGUGCUAAAGCCACACAGAGUUAGAUUAGUCAUGGAAAACAUUUUGUUACCCAUGUAGUACAACAGUAGCUGUUAGUUAUUAUGUGGCAGUGGUAAGGUAAGAUAAUAAAUUCAUAAAAAUUGUAUUUUAGUAAUACAACAUUUUAAAAAGAAUGCAAAACUUUUCUUUUUUCCUUGAAGUUUUUUUUUAAUCUCAGGAGAAGUAAUGAUGAAGAAUUGACCCAUCAUUAUCUGAUGUAUUCUGGGUAGGUUCUUUUGUUAUCCUGGUAAGUCACAGGCAGUGCUGUUUCUAAACAAGUAAAACGAUUCCCCAGAAUAGGAACAGGAGAUAAAAUUCCAGAUUCUCUAUAUCUGAUUUGAAUAACUGGCUUAGCAAUUCACACCAGCAGCUUCAAUAAUGUGCAGUUGUGUAAGCUAGAUCAUUUAUCAGAGUGGUGCUGUCUUAAUGAAGGUGACCAAAAUUGUUUUAAAAUCUCACUUCACAUCUCAAUAAUCUCAAGAAAGAAAGUUGUUACUGAACUCUGAAAUGUCCUUUUGUCACAUCACUCCAUGCUGAGUACAUUUUUUUUAACCCUUUGAAGUCUUGAUAUGUCUUGUACAUGUCCCCCUAAUUAGUGAAAUAUUUUGUCCAAAAGGAAUCUAUUUUUUUUUUCUGAAAAUAGGAGUGAAGCAUUGAUAUAAACACUGUGCUACUUUCCCCUAAAAUGUAAGCAAACUGUAUCUGCUUGGCCUUACUUAUUUUCCUUUUAAGCUAAAUGUUUCUUGCUCAGGAAUGUUCAGUGCUGGAUUAGCAAAUAAUGGGAUGUUUGAUGUUUGUUGCAGAGUUAAAAGUUCUUUUCUUCUGUUCUAUUACAUUACCCCCUCAGGGGCUGGGACACACUCAGACGUCCAUGACGCCUCAGAGACUGGGCGGUGCUGCUGAGACCUCAUUAUAGGCAGCAUCACAGGAAUGUUUCUUUGAUGUCUAGACCCUGCUGUGUCUUAAUGACAAUCAAAAAGAUCUCCUCUAGUGGAGGCACUCUUAUCAUAUUGGAAAAACAGCUGACUUUUAUGAUUAGAAGUUUUUUUAGAGGAUUUUUAAAGAGCAGUUUCCAUUAUUUUUACUUUUAUGUUGAUCAUUGUGAUUGGGGCUGCUCAGUUUACUAAAGAAUCAAAGCUAGUAUCCUGGUCACAUGCCAGUAUUUUAUAGAUCCAAAGAAAUAUUUGUAUUAUUGGUCAGUGUGAAAAUAGUAAACCUUUUUUGUGAUGUACAGUAUGUAUACACUGGUAUUUGUAACAAAUGUAUAUAUGCGGUACAGUUUGUUCAUUACAUUUUCUUAAGAGAUUUCAUUAAGGCCAAUGUUUUUCACUGUUAAGUUGCAAGUGCCCUGCACUGUCAAUUUGCCACAGAGUAAAAUAAGAAGAUCCUUUAUGCUAUAAUAACUGUAAGAAGUAUAAUGUACUGAAUACCGGUUCAUAUUUGGAGGAGACAGAUGUAUUUAUAAAUCAAUAGUGACACUUAUUUACCACCUUCUUCAAAUGUAUUGCAGCAUUAAGAAAUCUGCUAUAUCCAGGGCAUUUUUUUAUUAAUUUAUAUUGGCAUCUUAAUAUUAAGUUGCCUUUUCAUCCUAUUUAACUGUAUUACUUAAGAGAUCCAUAAAUUUCGCUCUACUUUUUUUGUCCAGUUAUAUACAAUUACAAAAAAAUCAAGCAAACUGUACCUUGCAGGUGCGAUUUUUGUUUUGUUUUAAAUUUUCUUUGUGAUGUUACAUUGUUGUUACAUAAGAUCAUUUCUAUGUAUUUGUUUCUCAACCUUUUCUGAUAUUUUUCAAAUAAUUUAUAUUUUAUAAAAUUUUAAAUGAAAAGGAGCAGACUAAAAGCUGGUGCUUUAAAGGAAAAAGUAGUUUAGAACUUAAAUGUAGCAACUGUAUUUUUUAUUUUAGUAUUUGUUUUUAUAAGAAAACAAAAAAAAUAAAAAAUAAAAACAUUACCUGUCUGCCAAAAGAUUUGUUUAAAAACAGGCUGUGAUGCUGGGCCAUCGUUCAUUUCUGCUGGAAAGUUUUAUAAAUCGUAGCCUUAAUUCUUGUUGUACUUUAAAAUGGUUAUAUUACAAAAAAUAUAUGUGAAAGAAAGGAUUUA